AUGAAGCUACAGCACCAGAUUACGAGAGAACUUCGCGCGAGGCGCAUGGUCCGAGUGCUUAUCAAUUUUUGUAUAAUUAGUCUCACAGUUUAAAUAAUUCAUUAAAAUGUUACUAAAAUCGUCGACUCUUCGACCGAAGAGUCAAUUCGUGAAGCAAAUAGUUUAUUAUUCAUCAGCAAAGUCUCAACGAGUGAUAGCUAUACGAAGAGAAGAUCAGUCAGUAUGGGAACGAAGAGCCCCAUUUUCACCUUCAAAUGUAAACAAAUUCGUGCGGCAAGGAGUCAAAGUUAUAGUGCAGCCUUCAAAUCGACGCGCCUAUCCUAUGCAGUCGUACAUAAACGCGGGCGCAGAUGUACAGGAGGACAUCAGCGAGGCGAGUGUGAUCUUCGGCGUGAAGCAGACCCCCAUCGAUUUGCUCAUACCCAACAAGACCUACUGCUUCUUCUCCCACACCAUAAAGGCUCAAGAGGCCAACAUGCCCAUGUUGGAUGCCAUCCUUGCUAAGAACAUUCGUCUAGUCGACUACGAAAAGUUGAUGGACAACGAAGGAAACCGCGUGGUAGCGUUUGGCAAGUAUGCUGGUGUGGCCGGCAUGAUCAAUAUCCUCCAUGGUCUUGGGUUGAGGCUGCUGGCACUUGGACAUCACACACCUUUUAUGCACAUAGGGCCAGCUCACAACUACCGCAACUCUAGCAUGGCGCGACAAGCCAUUCGCGACGCCGGCUACGAAGUAGCUCUUGGAAUGAUGCCCAAAUCUCUUGGACCUCUCACUUUUGUCUUCACUGGAUCUGGGAAUGUUUCACAGGGAAGUCAAGAAAUUUUCCAAGAACUACCCUACGAAUAUGUACCUCCGGAAAUGUUGAGAAAAGUAGCAGAACAUGGAAGUCCAAACAAAAUUUACGGCUGCGAAGUGCGUCGGCGAGACCACUUGGUGCGGAAGAAUGGGGGCGGCUACGACCACCAGGAGUAUGAGGAACACCCAGAAAGAUACAUCUCUAUAUUCGCGCAGAAGAUUGCGCCGUUUACUUCGGUGCUGGUGAACUGUAUCUACUGGGCGGUGGACAGCCCGAAGCUGCUGACGAUCCCUGAUGCGAAGCACCUGCUGGUACCCUCACACACGCCAUGGCUGCCGAAGAGCAUUGGCGCGCCGGCACUGCCCCAUAGAAUGCUGGCAAUCUGCGACAUCUCGGCAGACCCCGGUGGCUCCAUCGAGUUCAUGAAUGAGUGCACCACCAUUGACACCCCAUUCUGUCUCUAUGACGCUGACAGGAACAAGGACACAAAAAGUUUCAAGGGUCCAGGAGUCUUAGUAUGCUCUAUCGACAACAUGCCGACGCAAUUGCCUCGUGAGUCCACGGAUUUCUUCGGAGACCUGUUGUUCCCGUACGCAGAGGAUAUCAUGAAGUCGGACGCCACCAAGCCUUUGGAAAAGCACGACUUUUCACCUGUUGUGCAAGGGGCUAUUAUAACGAGCAACGGCAAAUUGACUCCACCCUUCGAGUACAUCAAUGAUCUACGAAUGACCAACACUCGUUCCCGCCAUAAGGUGGAGGGCAGCGAGCAGCAGGCGACCGUGGUGAUCCUGGGCAGCGGACUGGUCUCCGCCCCUGUGGUCGAGUACCUGUCGCGGGACAAAAAUAUCGCUGUCACAAUAGCAUCCCAAGUGAAGGAAGAAGCCGAUGCACUAGCAGAGCGUUACGGCGUGCGCUCCGAAUACUUAGAAGCCAACGACGCGGACGCCCUGAAGUCGUUCGCGUCACGUGCUCGUCUCGUGGUGUCCCUGCUGCCUUACGACCUGCACGGAGCGGUGGCCAAGGCCUGCAUUAGUGCUGGUGCCCACAUGGUGACGGCGUCUUAUGUCCGCCCUGAGGUCCAGGAGCUACACGAAUCUGCCAAAAACGCUAACAUAACCUUACUAAACGAAGUUGGAUUGGACCCGGGUAUUGAUCAUCUACUGGCCCUGGAAUGCAUUCAUGACAUUCAAAACCACGGUGGAAGAAUUGACUCCUUCGUCUCAUACUGUGGAGGUCUUCCGGCGCCUGAGUUCAGCGACAAUGCUCUGAGGUAUAAAUUCUCAUGGAAUCCUAGGGGUGUUCUUCUAAAUACAAUCUCUGAAGCCAAGUACCUCAGUAAAGGACAGAUUGUUGAAGUUUUAAGCGGCGGUGAGCUGAUGUCAGUAGCGCGUGACCUGGACUUCCUGCCAGGAUUAGCGUUUGAAGGCUUCCCCAACAGAGAUAGCACAAUAUACUCUAAGCUUUAUGGUGUUGAAGAUGCACAUACUAUGUUCAGAGGCACUCUUAGGUAUAAAGGAUUCGCUGAGACAAUGAAAGCAUUGCAAUUAUUUGGAUUGAUCGAUCCUAAUCCUCACCCUUCUCUACAUCCCGAAGGACCUAAAAUAACAUGGCGUCAGUUCGCCUGCGAGCUACUCGGCCUGAUGGACUCAUCCAUCUUCUACGAGAACCUGCGCAGCCGGCUGGCGGAGCGCAUCGGAGCUGCCGGCGCGCACGCGCUGGAGUCUCUAGGCCUGUUAGACGACGAGCGCGUGCUCAAGUGCAACACGCCGCUCGACACCGUCAGCCACUACCUCAGCAAGCGGCUGCAGCUCGACAAAGACGAGACAGACUUUGUGGUCCUCCGCCACGAGGUGGGCGUGACGUGGAGCGACGGCAAGAAGGAGCGGCGGGAGGUGACCAUGACGGUGCGCGGCGACCCCGCCUCGCACACCGCUAUGGCCAGGACGGUCGGACUGCCGACCGCUAUCGCUGCCAAGAUGGUGCUAGAUGGAGAGAUCCAGGAGCGAGGCGUGGUGUUGCCAUUCGCGCCCGUCGUUUACAAGUCGCUGCUGUCGAGGCUGCGCGCCGACGGAAUUACAGCUAGAGAGACUUCUACACCACUCAACUAACUUUCCUGAAAUUAACUUUAACUGUCUAGUAGCAUUAAAGCAUGAAGAAAAAACAUAAUUUCAGCCCACAUUUUGCAUUUGUUGAAUAAUAUUAACGUUGAUCUAGAGAUUUUCUACUAACUACAUAACAUGAGGUGUUUUACUCAUGUAUACAAUUUGUUAUCUUGUUUUAAAAUUUUUACUGACAUGAAAAGUCGACAAAUAAACUUGGUACUAAAAUAAUUAAGUAGGUUUCAGAGACUGAAAUUCUUUACUUUUGUAUUUAGUUUUGUAAAUAUGUAUGUUUGAUUUUAUUGCGUAAUAUUCAUAAGCACUAGUGUAGUAGGUAGGUACCUACUUCUCGUAUUAGAGUUAAGUAUUUAUACAUGUAUGAAUGAUAUAAUUUUGCUAUUUUUAACUUAAUAAAAUGCAAUCUUAAGUAAGUA